UCCACUUGUUGAAGAGAAGGGGAGAAAGAAGAGGUGGACUUAAAAUUAAAGCUUCACCAAAAACGCACAUAAUGCCCGUCUAACAGGAACAGGGAAACCCGGCAGUCGAGCACUAUGUUCGGUUUAAGAGAAGCCGGUGCCCUCGGCGCCUCCGUCGUUGUAGCCGGGGGAGUCGCUUAUCUUAUCUGGAACUACGCGUCCUCCUCCGGGGAGAAGAAGCCUGAACCUCGGCCUGGACAGGACGGUAGAAGUCCCAAAGAGGGGGGAGAAGGAAAGAAGGAGGAGAGGAAAGAGGAAGCUACAACCGAACAAACUGUUGUGGCCGCUGCUGCUGCGCCUGUUGUUGCUGCCACAGCCCCAAAAGAGCAGUCCAGGCAUGUGGAGUCAGGGGGGACACAGGUUCUGGUUCUGGGUCUGGAUGGAGCCGGUAAAACCAGUUUGCUGCACUGCUUGGCCACAGGCACCCUGGAGCAGGACAUGGAGCCGACACAGGGCUUCAACGCCGUCUCCGUCAACAAAGAGGACCUGCACAUCGAGUUCCUAGAAAUUGGAGGUAAAGAAGAGCUGCGGCCAUACUGGCAGAGGUACAUGUCCAAGGCUCUUCUGCUGGUGUUCGUGGUCGACUCCUCCGACCCACAGCUCUUCCCAGUCGCUAAGAAGCAUCUACAUGAGCUGCUGUCCUCUGACCCCUGCCUGCCUCUAAUGGUGCUGGCCAACAAACAGGAUCUUCCGGACGCCUGCAGCAUCACUGACCUCCACGAAGCUCUGUCCCUGUCCGAGGUCGGAGACCGCAGGUUGUUCCUCAUCGGUACCUACGUGAAGAAGGGAGAGGCGGAGCUGAGCUCAGGCGUUCAGGACGCCCGGGACCUGGUCAUGGAGAUGGUUUGUGAGGGCAAAUAAAAACACUCACUCUGGUCACGGUCCGUUGGUGGUUGUCACUUAAUCCUGUGCUUUUGAUAAAGUUGAAUAGUUUCUUUGCACUUUACUGUUUUCACUAAAGCAGGUUGGCUGAAACUCUUUUAUUUAUUUGUGAGAAAAUUAAAACUUGGUGUUUUGGUAUGUUACAGUUGGGAUUACAGAACAUACUUUUUUGUUUCACCGUUACCAAAUGACCACAUCUGAAUGACAAAAUUACUCUCUUUUUUUUCUUCUUCUUCUUUAUUUAAGCGUUUUCACAUGUUACACUCACCGAGAUAUAAUUUUCUUUUUGUUCCGGCAGGUGAUGGUAGAGCCGUAAAUGCUACACUUUCCAACAUUGUUACUGAGUGCUGUUAAUUAAUGCGCUGUAGGUGAUGACACAUUGGCGACUCUAAAACCAGUUCAGGUGCUGCCUUCAGGUUUUAAUGCGGACAGUCAGAUGGCACGGAGUCACAGUGGAUUUACUCCAGGCCAUCUGUGGUUGCAGCUUUAUCACCAACAAUGAUCUAACAGUUUGCGAGCGUCAUAGCUUUUUUUUUCUUUUUUUUUUUUCGUCGUGACAGCACCAUUGUAACAAGUUUCUAAUUUGGACUUUAUCAUAUUGUUAUUCAUGUGUCAUAAUCCACAGAAUAUUUAAUACCUCAGCAUCAGGACUUAAAGCUGCACUGAGAUUUGGAGGAAAUAAACAUAUCAAACCCAAACUGACUGUUACAGUAUUUUACUAUUUGUCCACAUUUAAUCUGUGCAGUCACCGAAACACAGAACUGAGGAGGACUCUGCUGUACGCAGGUCAGUGAUGGCGUGACAUGAUUUUUCAAACAGUGACUCCUUUCUGCCAUUUGGGGCCGCCACCAUGCAAACUUGCCGAGUGCAGCUUGUCUAAAUAAAACAGCUGUUUAUUGCAGCAGGUGGAGCUGAAGCUGAGGGCAGCUUGCUCCAAUAAUCAGUCGUUUUAUUACAAUUUUAUCAAUGUUGUUACCAAACCUUAACACUACAUGACGUCUUUUCUCACUGGAGUGUUAGUGUUGGAUUACAGCUUCAAAAACAGUCAGUUUUAUGAUAGAAGUUCAUUGAUGCGUGUUUUUGUUUUAAUCUUAAAAAAGGAAUUGACUUUAUCUUGAGGAGGAAAAGAGAAUAUGAAGCACAUAAAGGUUUUUUUAAUUACUGUCUUUUGAAUAAGCUUAAUGUGUUUUUGCUGCUCAGAGAGACGUUAACCUACAGAUUUUACUCAUUAUUUUUAUCUUAUUUCUGUUUUAUUUGAGGAAAUUCACUGAACUUCAUUGUCAAAUUGUGCAAAACCUUCAUAUGUAACAUUGAGGAAUGUAAAUGUUUCAAAACACACUUUUUUUUUUUCAUUCUAAAUUUCAUAGCUUUUUCCAGUACCAAAACACGUCCAAUUUAAAGUAUUGUGUGAAAAGAUGCCUCCCAGUUUGAUAUUGUCUUAUAAAGUGUUUUUUCACAUUUAAAUAAAAUGUUU